CUUUGGUCACAGCUCCAUCCAUAAUUCCGUACAGUGUUAAUCCAGAACCCCCUCGGAUCCCAUGCCCUAGUUCCUUUCGAUUCUCCCCGGUUCCUUUCAACAAUGCCCACCGAGAAUUCCUUCGCCGACCACAAGCUCUGCGGUUUUCUCUGUGCGGUUCUCACAGUUACUUCUCCGCAACGCGACAACGACCCAGGCUUCACCGAACUCUGCGAACCCUUCAGCGACGGGGGCGAGGUCGCGUUCCGGACCCAAAGCGGCGUCGUUUUGGGUGCGGUGGAUAAGGAUUUGUCAGAAUGCGGAACCUCGAAAACUAAGAGGGUGAAGAAGAUUGGGAUGGUGAAUGGGAGCGUCAGCGUGGUUCACCAGCUUCGUGCGUUGGUUACACGCAAGUGUGUGAAGGUCGAUGCGCGCGUGGUGUGCGUUGAGGUGCCUAGGGUUGUUGUUUUGUUCGACGUCUACCUCCCUAUUCAGGUGUGGAGUGGCUGGCAGUUCCCGCGAUCAGGACCCGUUGCCGCCGCUGUUUUUCGCCAUUUGAGCUGUGACUGGGAUGAGAGAAGUUCAAUGCUUUCUUAUCCAGACUAUUGUAGGAAGACUCGUGGAGUAAAUGAGAGCAUUUGGAACCUUUCUGAUUGUCAUGUACUUGGUUGCAAUCUUCAUUCCCAUGCAAGCAAUUCUUCAAGGAAAAGGCUAUUCGAACUUCAUGAAAUUUUUAAGACAGUACCUGGUGUAAUAAAACAAGAGAAGUUUAAUAGGUCCAAGAUAAUACCUAUCGAUAACACUUGCAGAUCAGGGAUUUGGGAGAUAUCUGAUGAUAUUUUAACUAGAAUUUUAGCUUCCCUGGGCCCAAUGGACCUCACUAAGGUUUCUGCAACAUGCCGUCAUCUAAAAUCCUUGGCUGCUUCAGUAAUGCCUUGUACAAGGUUAAAUUUGUUUCCUCAUCAGCAGGCAGCAGUUGAGUGGAUGUUGUAUCGUGAGCGAGAUGCUGAAGUUUUGCCACAUCCUUUAUAUGUAACUCUCUCAACUGACGAUAGCUUUAGUUUCCAUGUAAAUUCUGUAUCUGGUAAAAUUGUCACUGGGGAAGCACCCAUCAUCAGAGAUUUUCGUGGUGGAAUGUUUUGUGAUGAGCCUGGCUUGGGUAAGACUGUAACAGCUCUCUCUCUUAUUGUGAAGACCCAAGGUACAUUGGCAGACCCACCUGAUGGGGCACAAGUAGUCUGGUGUCAACAUAAUGGUAAUCAGAAAUGUGGCUAUUAUGAGAUCAGUGGUAAUAACAUCACUGGAUGUAAUACCUUGGGUAAGAGGGAUGUGUGCCAAGAUACCAGUAGAAAUAAUGAGAACCAUGAUUACUCCUCCAAAAGAGCCAGAUUGGCAGGUCAUCAGCAAAUCAGUAAACUUCAUGAUUCAUGUUCCAGGGAAGAGAGCAAAUCACCUGUAGAUGCAUGCUUUGAGGAAUCUAUGCAUGCAGGUCGGUUCACUAGGAGUUUGAGCCAUAUAAAGAAAAAUCUAAAUUUCUCAAAUGAAGAGGAAUCUAUGAUUUUCAAGGAACAAGACAUAGGCAAAGGAUUAAUUAAAGCAAAGCAGGCAUCGGGUGUUGCAUCUCAUGCAUCACAAAACAAGCCAAUUGAUACCUCCUGUGGACAGAAUUACAAGUGGCCUGGGAAGCAUAAAGGCAACUGUUUGGAGCACAAUGAUACAUGGAUUCAGUGUGAUGCUUGUCACAAGUGGCGAAAGCUUGCAGACAAUAGUAUGGCUAAUUCUAGUGCAGCAUGGUUUUGUAGUAUGAACACUGACCCUUUGUAUCAGAGUUGUAGUGUCCCUGAACAAUAUUUUCAGAAUACCUGUAAGAUAACACAUUUGCCAGGAUUUCACUUGAAAGGAACUCCUGGUGGUGAGAAACAAAAUGUUUCAUUUUUCACUAGUGUACUAAAGGAGCACUACACAUUGAUAAAUUCUCAGACAAAGAAGGCCUUGACUUGGUUGGCUGAAAUUUCAGCAGACAAGUUAGCUGGAAUGGAAACAAAUGGCAUAAGAGGUCCUAUUUUAAACACUUGUACUACGUCUAAUGGAUAUUUUAAUGCAUUUCAUAAAAUAUUUCAAGCAUUUGGCCUCUUAAAGAAAGUAGAGAAAGGUAUAUGCAAGUGGUACUAUCCACAAAAUCUUAACAAUUUGACUUUUGAUGUGGCUGCGCUUGGCAUGGCUCUCCAUGAGCCAUUAGAUUUGGUUAGGUUAUACUUGUCAAGAGCAACCCUGGUAGUUGUUCCUGCAAACUUGGUUGAUCAUUGGAAAACACAAAUAGAAAAGCAUGUGAGGCCUGGCCAAUUGCGGGUUUAUGUUUGGACUGAUCAUCGUAAGCCAUCUGCUCAUUGUCUCGCUUGGGAUUAUGAUGUUGUCAUCACUACUUUUAGUCGUUUGAGUGCAGAGUGGGGACCACGUAAGAAGAGUGCUUUGAUGCAAGUGCAUUGGUUUAGGAUAAUUUUAGAUGAAGGGCACACUCUUGGUUCAAGCCUGAACUUAACAAACAAGUUGCAAAUGGCUAUUUCAUUGUUUGCCUCUAAUCGAUGGAUACUAACAGGGACUCCAACACCUAACACACCUAACAGCCAACUUCCACAUCUACAACCAUUGCUAAGGUUCCUUCAUGAAGAAGCUUAUGGAUUGGAUCAAAAGUCAUGGGAAGCUGGUGUGCUUAGGCCAUUUGAGGCAGAGAUGGAGGAAGGAAGGUCUCGUCUGUUACAUUUACUUCACAAAUGCAUGAUUAGUGCAAGAAAGAUAGAUUUACAAAGCAUUCCACCAUGCAUCAAGAAUGUUGUUUUUCUAGAUUUUAAUGAGGAGCAUGCUAGAAGUUACAAUGAAUUGGUGCUCACAGUUCGGCGUAAUAUAUUGAUGGCUGAUUGGAAUGAUGCUUCACAUGUUGAGAGUCUACUGAAUCCAAAACAGUGGAAAUUUAGAAGUGCAACUAUAAAAAAUGUCAGGCUUUCAUGUUGUGUUGCUGGACAUAUUAAAGUUACACAUGCUGGAGAAGAUAUUCAAGAAACAAUGGAUAUAUUAGUACAAAGUGGUCUAGAUUCUACUUCAGGAGAGUAUGCCUCCAUAAGAUAUAAUCUCUUGUAUGGUGGUCACUGUGUCAGGUGCAAGGAAUGGUGCCGCCUCCCUCUGAUUACACCAUGUCGGCAUCUGUUGUGCCUUGAUUGUGUUUCUAUAGACAAUACAAAGUGCACUUAUCCUGGCUGUAGUAAAUUAUAUGAGAUGCAGAACAGACUUCCUCGACCUGAAAAUCCUAAACCAAAGUGGCCUGUACCCAAAGAUCUUAUUGAACUACAACCUUCAUAUAAGCAGGAUAAUUGGGAUCCUGAUUGGCAAUCAACAUCUAGUAGUAAAGUCUCCUAUCUCAUCCAAAGGUUGAAAGCUUUGCAAGGAACCAAUAAAGAGACAAGCUUCGAUAUGGACAAUAGCAAUGAUGAGAUGCAUAUGGAGAAUAGUUUCUAUAUGCAUAGAAGAGAUGACAAAUCACCGUUCAAGGAAUGUUCUAUAAGUAGCUCUAAGAUCAAUUUGAAUCCUGAGAAAGUUCUGAUAUUUUCUCAAUUUCUUGAGCAUAUACAUGUCAUUGAACAGCAGUUGACUAUUGCUGGUAUCAAAUUUACUGGAAUGUAUAGCCCAAUGCAUUCCAGCAACAAGAAGAAGUCAUUAGCCAUGUUCCAGCAUGAUUCUAGUUGUAUGGCCCUUCUAAUGGAUGGAAGUGCGGCAUUGGGUCUUGACUUGAGUUUUGUUACACGUGUGUUUUUAAUGGAGCCAAUUUGGGACAGAAGUAUGGAGGAGCAAGUAAUUAGUCGUGCUCAUCGCAUGGGUGCUUCUCGUCCUAUUCACGUGGAAACAUUAGCAAUGCGCGGUACAAUUGAAGAGAAAAUGGUAGAAUUUUUACAGGAUGCUGAUAAAUUUCAAAGAUUGCCAAUUAAAGAUGUUGCAAAAUCUGAAGAUGAUAGUGGGGGACGAGGAUAUCGAUCAUUACAUGAUUUUGCUGAAAGCAGUUAUCUACUGAAACUUAGAUUUGUUUAUACUAAUUCAGAAACUCUACAAGAUAUUUGAUGGAGAUCAACAUCAACUACAGACUGAUUUACUUGGAGCAAGUCCUGUGGACAUCCUGCAAAUUUCUCUAGCAAGUGCUCAUCUAAUGACGAUAGAUGGUUCAAUAUGCUCUCGAGUGUGAAAACUAUUCUUUUUGUAUAUUAUUGUAGCAUCACUUAAGUCUUCCAGUGCUUGAUCAGAUAGUGGUUAUAUGGUAGAAAGUUUGGAGACAAGAUUUUGAAUAGGAAUCGAUUGUUUUAACAAUUGGGGAUGUUGAAAAGUAAAGGCAACCCCCUCUGCGACGAUUGAUGAUAAUUAUUUAUGGUUUCCCCAAUGGGACACUAUUGAUUUCAUUCCAUGCAGCAAACACAAUUAUCAGUCACGAGCACAGUGCUUAUUAGACAGUCAAUAAUAAUUUCAAGAUACAAUAGAAUAAUAU